AUGUCGCUCAACUUGGAAAAGCAGUUACGCUUUUAUGGCGCAUACCACCAUGACCCGGUCAACAUCGGGAUACAUAUGGUCUGCGUUCCGAUCAUCCUGUGGACUACCUUCGUCCUGUUCACAAAUUCGGGCACCCUGAUACCCCUGCCGCCAUCUAUGACCGUCCCACACCUCGAGCUCAAUGCGGGCACCCUCUUCUGUCUGUGUUACUGCGGGUUAUACAUCUUACUCGAGCCGGUCGCAGGCACGGCCUUUUCCGCACUCCUUCUCGCCGGCACCGCAUACGGACACCACCUUGUCGAUGUGCACGGUAUGACCGCCAACUUCUGGGCUGCCUCUGCAUUUGUGGGUUCUUGGGUUGCACAGUUCGCUGGCCACGGCAUGUUUGAGGGGCGAGCACCUGCGUUACUGGACAAUCUCUUCCAAGCCUUCUUCUUGGCUCCUUUGUUUGUGUGGUUGGAGAUUCUGUUUGCUCUCGGCUACCGGCCCGAGUUGAAGAACCGGGUGGAUAAGUUGGUACAGCAGGAUAUUGCGAAGUUCCGCGAGUCGAAGGCGCAGAAGACGAACGGGAAUACCAAUGGGUUCGCAGUGAAUGGACAUACCAAACAGUCAUAA